AUGUCGCAGCCAUAUCCAUACGAACGCAUUCAAGUCGAUACCAGCGACGAUGAUUCGCUCUUCGACACACAAUCCCUCGUCGGGUCAAAUCUAUCAUUUGCAUCCUCCGUACGAGACUACAGCUAUGAAAAUGGCCGCCGGUACCACGCCUACCGGCACGGGCAAUAUCCAUUCCCCAACGACGAAGAAGAACAAGACCGCCUAGCGCUCAUGCACCACCUCUUCAAGCUCCUUACAGGAGGCAAUCUCUUCCGGGCCCCGAUCACGCGCGACGGCCCGCCCCGCCGCGUCCUCGACAUCGGCACGGGGACAGGCAUCUGGGCCCUGGAAAUGGCCGAGGAUUACCCGCACGCCGAGAUCAUCGGCACGGACCUCAGCCCGAUCCAGCCCAACUGGGCGCCGCCCAACUGCCGUUUCUUUAUCGACGACGCCGAGAGCGACUGGGCCUUCUCGCCGGGCGAGGCCUUUGACUAUAUCCAUGCGCGCAGUCUCGGCGGCGGCAUUGGCGACUGGCCCCGUCUCCUGAAGCAGGUCUAUAACCAUCUCACGCCUGGCGGCUGGUUCGAGGCUCAGGAGUUUGAGAUCUGGGUGCUCUCGGAUGACGGCACCCACCAGCAGGCCGGCAUUAUCAUGGACUGGCAGGACCGCCUGAACCAGGCGAGCAAGCAGUUCGGCAAGCCUGUGAAUGUGGCGCCGUCGCUGUCGCAGUGGAUGCAGGCCGAGGGGUUUGUGAAUAUCGCUGAUGAUAUCUAUAAGUGUCCCGUGGGCGGCUGGGCCAAAAACCGCCGGCUCAAGGAGAUCGGUCGCGUCGGCAAGGUCACUAUCCUCGAGGUCGUCGAGCCCUACACAUUAGCCCUCUUCACGCGCGUGCUCGGCUUCUCGUAUCAGGAUGCCCAGGAAUACAUGGACAAGGUGCGCGCCGAGCUCGUCAGUAGCUCGUUUCACCUCUACGUGCAUUUCCAUUAUGUCUAUGGGCAGCGGCCUGUCGAUGACAGCACCGAGUCCGAGACUCCAUGA